AUCAUCAUCAUCAUCAUCAUCAUCCUCACUGUAACAGCUUUACGAGCACAUUUCACUCACUGGAAACCUGUGUCAUUCCCAGCGAGGAUCGUAAAGCUGAAAGUCUGUGGGAAGUUUGUUGAGCACUGUAGUCUCGUUUUGGAUUUAUUUGGGUCUGCGAGCUCGUGUUGGAGACUCUGUGAACUUCAUCAAAGCGCGUCACGAUGUGUCGCCAGAGUUUGCUGUGGCUUCUCGGUGUGCUGGGCUUCUGCGCUCGGGCGCUCGGGGCUCGGGAAUGCGUACCGUGCGGUUCGGCCCGGGUUCUGGCCCGUGACCCGUGCGGCUGCUGCGAGCGGUGCUCUCGGCUGGAGCUGGAGCUGUGCGGCGGGCCGGACUGGACUCUGGGCUACUGCGGAUCCGGCCUCACCUGCGCGGCGCUCAACGGAACCGGACCGGCGCGCAUACCUGAGACGGGUGUCUGCAGAGCGGUACCCGACGCGACGGAUGCAGACGAGCGCUGCCCGCUGGUGAGCGGCUGUGAGAGCGUGGAUGGAGAGUGUGUGUGUGAAUCCAAACACUCCUGCAUCCAGACCUACAGCUUUCCCGACAGAGACGCAUGCGUGCAUGCUGGGAAAACAGGUUCUCUCCGUCACAGACACAGGUUUGUGGGUCCCGUGAACCCGGCGUGUGUGUUUUCUGGCUGCAAUCUGACGGCCGACGGCUGUGUUUGUUCGUCUCAGAGCUGCGACGAUCACUUCACGUACGCCAACCACAGUCAGUGCCAGCGAGCCGCAGGUUCUCUCCGUCACAGACACAGGUUUGUGGGUCCCGUGAACCCGGCGUGUGUGUUUUCUGGCUGCAAUCUGACGGCCGACGGCUGUGUUUGUUCGUCUCAGAGCUGCGACGAUCACUUCACGUACGCCAACCGCAGUCAGUGCCAGCGAGCCGCAGAUGUGGAGCUGCUUUCGGUGGAGAGCACUAAAGCGAGCUGCUGGGUGAAUCACAGACUGCGGGCGCACGAGGAGCAGUGGAAGGAUGACGACUGCACCUUCUGUCAGUGUGUAGACGGAGAGCCACACUGCACCGCCAUGGCCUGCAAACAGAGCUGCCAGAACCCUGUUAAGAUCCCUGGAGAGUGCUGCCCCUUCUGUGAGGAGCCGUCAUAUGAGACGGUGAGCCCGCUGCUCUGCCCACCGUUGGAAAACUGCUCUCUCUCUGGGCAUGACUGCCCAUUCGGCUUCCAGCAAGACCCUAGCGGCUGUCUGCUGUGCCAGUGUGUCAGCAAUGAAACCUGUCCUGACGUGUCCACGUACUGCUCUCUGGAGUGUCCCCUGGGUUAUGAGAAAGACAACUAUGGUUGUGAAGUGUGUGAAUGUAGUGUAUCUGCACCAAAAUGCCGCCCCAUGACCUGCAGCAAGACGUGCCCUUAUGGAUACAUGAGGAACAAGCACGGCUGUGAGAUGUGCCGCUGCAUCCGCUGUCCGCCGUUCACCUGCGACAAACACUGCGGCGGCGGCGGCUUCAGAAAGAGCAGGAAGGGCUGCAGCGUCUGCGAGUGUGAAGAUGCAGACACCGUCUCCUCCAGCUUCUGUCUGACGGCGAGCGGCCAGCGCUUCGAGGAUAGAGACGGAUGGCACGACGGCUGCCGGGACUGUUUCUGUCACGCCGGCCGAGAGAUGUGUGUGCUGAUCACCUGCUCCGUACCCACCUGCACCCACCCUGUGCUCCACCCAAACCAGUGCUGCCCCGGCUGUGAGGACGAGUCGGGCAGCGGGCAGCUGGACGGUCUGGAUCUGGUGGUGUGUCGUGCUCCCGGCGGAGAGCUGUUCGUGGAGGGAGAGACGUGGCGUCUGGACGAGUGCACCAGCUGUACGUGUCGACUGGGAAGAGUGUUGUGUGAUUCUGAAGCGUGUCCUCCGGUUCUGUGUCACACGCCUGUCAGGAGCAGAGACGGCUGCUGCUACGUCUGUCCAGAAGACAAACUGGAGCCGCUGCGUCCCGAGUUCUGCGUCUCCAGCUCUGGAGAAAUCCUGCAGGCCGGUGAUUCGUGGAAGCCGAACGCCUGCAGCAGCUGCGUCUGCCGUAAUGGGAGCGUCCAGUGCUUCUCGCAGCAGUGUCCGGCUGCCGACUGCAGGGUCCCUGUGCUGCGGAAGGGCCAGUGCUGCCCGCAAUGCAUGCUGGAGAUCACGAGCACAUCGGUGCCGGUAAUGCUGUCCACGGCCGUCACCGAGAGCCGGAUCACCGCCGCUCCGGAGGUCCUCGCCGUCACCGAUGGUGAAGGUCUCUCGCGGGACGUCCCGAGCCAGACGGAGAUGACGCUCAUCUACCAAUCAGCGGCCUGGAUUCUGGCGGGAAUCCUGCUGGCUGUGGUCAUCUUCCUCCUGGUGGCCAUCCUGGUGAACCGCAGGAAGAACUGGGUUCAGAUGUCCUGCUACGGCGCGCCCAAGAAGACGGUGAUCCUGCAGAAACACGUGAAUAAGAGUUCGCUCGUCUACAUGGAGCCGUCCAGAGAGAACCAGUUCCAGAGUCUGAAGAGCGACGGCUCCGUGAGCUUCCCGACAGACGCCAGCGGAGAGCAGCUCUCCAUCCCUCGCGCUAAACUCGCCAGCGGACACGUCGAGCGCUAGCGUCCGUCUCACUCUUCAGAGGCUCCUGGAGCUUCGGCCUCCAGCGCAAGAACAACCAAGUACUGUGAACCGCUCGACAUCUCCCGCUUUAUUAGUGUUUGUAUGCUGUUCAGAGCGUCCGACACUUUGACAGACGUGGAGCAGUUCGGCGUCGUUCCGUGAUGGAGAAUCUAACCAAAUCUUCUGACUGCUCACAGACAUUGGUGAGAUCCAUACGGACCACAAUAAAGAGAUCUGCAUCAUAUUCUGAGGCCUUGCGACACAGACGUGUUUCCGAACCGCUCCAGUCUGUUUUCCGUUUCUAUACGUUCAGGUGUUUUACUUGUAGAUUGUUGUUAGUCGCUUAUAAGCCUCGUGACGGACUAAACAUUCCCCACGUUCAGAACCAACUCGACUUGUUAUAUCUUUUUUUGAAUGUAAUAUAUAGAU